AUGAGUCGUGUACUACUGCGGUUCUGGCAUAGCUUGUCCUUCUUGUUUGCUGUUCAGGAGGUCAACCAGAAUCCUGAACUCCUGCCCAACAUCACACUGGGCUAUGACAUCUAUGAGAGCCAUUAUUAUGGAAGGAGCACAUCCUAUGCCAUGCUGCAGCUGCUUGCAGGUGGGGAAAGCCACCUGCCCAAUUACAAGUGUGGGAGGAAGACUGAGCUCCUGACUGUGCUUGAAGGGGUGGAAUCUGAGCUCUCCACCCUUAUUUCAGCUAUGUCGAGCAUCUACAAGAUCCCACAGAUGGUGCCUCAUUCCAGGUGUGUUGAGAGCUGUCGCCCUGGAUAUGCAAAGGAGGUCCAGGAAGGAGAACUACCCUGCUGCUAUGCUUGCACUCCAUGCCCUGAAGGGACCAUCUCCAAUCAGCCUGAUGCACACCAUUGCACCAAGUGUCCAGAAGAUCAGCACCCAAACAAGGCCCGAGAUCAAUGCGUCCUGAAGAUUAUAACCUUCUUGUCCUAUGGAGAACCUUUGGGGAUCAUCCUGGCUUCCCUUGCACUGUUCUUGUCUUCAGCCACAGCCUGUGCAUUAGGGAUUUUUGUGAAAUACAAAGAAACACCAGUCGUUAAGGCCAACAAUAGGGACCUGUCCUACAUUCUCCUCCUCUCUCUCCUGCUCUCCUUUAUGUCUGCAAUCCUCUUCAUUGGCCGCCCAAGGAAAGUGUCCUGCCUCUUCCGACAGACAGCUUUCAGCAUCAUCUUCUCGGUUGCUGUCUCUUCUGUCCUUGCCAAAACCAUCACUGUGGUGCUGGCCUUCCUGGCCACCAAGCCAGGCAACAGUGUGAGAAGGUGGCUGGGAAAAAGCAUGGCCAAUGGCAUUGUUGUUUCCUGUUCCAGCCUUCAAAUCCUUAUUUGCAUCCUCUGGCUAGGCAUGGCUCCCCCUUUCCCAGAUUCUAACAUGCACUCCCAAGCUGAACAGAUCAUCCUGCAGUGCAAUGAAGGGUCUCUCACAAUGUUCUACACUGCCCUUGGCUACAUGGGUUUCCUGGCUGCCGUCUGUUUCUUGGUGGCUUUCCUGGCCAGGAAGCUUCCUGGGUCCUUCAAUGAGGCCAAGCUGAUCACCUUCAGCAUGCUGGUCUUCUGCAGUGUCUGGGUGUCCUUUGUGCCCUCCUACCUGAGCACCAAGGGCAAGUACAUGGUGGCCGUGCAGAUCUUCUCCAUCUUGGCCUCCAUUGCUGGGCUGUUGGGCUGCAUCUUCCUUCCCAAGUGUUACAUUGUUGUAUUCCGGCCUGAACUGAACACAAAGGAGCACCUUGUGAUGAAAACCAAAGAUGGCUGA